UAAUAUUAUCUAAAAUUAAAUUAUCCAUUCUGAAAAUGAGUAAAGUACAAGGCGGAAUGGAGCGGAAAUUGGCUGCCCAAUUACGAGAAGAACAACUAAAUCAAAAUUUAAUAAAUACAAGUCGUUUGCAAAUGAUUGAGAAUGAACGAGCUGAUUUAACAAAACGGUCGAACAGUCGAAAAGUUAUACAACAUAUUUUUAUCGAACAAAAAGAAAUGGAUCUACUAAAACAAAUGCAAAAGGAUAGAGAAAAAGAAAAAAUUGGAAGCGAUAGAUCUCAUUUCACUGAUGAAAAAUUAGCACAACAAAUGGAUUUAGUUAAACGGGAAGAAAUAGUUGAACUUAAAAGAAGGCAACAGUUGCGAGAAAAUGAUCCAGAAUUACGUGAACUAGAACGCAAAUUAAGAUUAGCAUAUGCCGCAAAAGAACUAGCAUGUCAAAUUGCCCAAAAGAAAGCAGAAGAAUUAGAACAAAAGGUUCGUGAGCAACAAGCAAACGAAGCAUUUAACAAACUACGAGCAAACGAUUCCGAAUUCGAUAAACAACAAUGUAUCGAGAAUGAAAUGAAAAAAGCCGACUACCGUCAUUCAUUGCAGAAUCAAAUGCUUGUUAGGGAACGACAAAAACAAAUUGAUUAUGAAAAUUAUUUAACUGAGAAAAAAAUUAUUGACGAUGUUGUUCAACGCAUUCGAGAUGAAGAUGAAAGUGCUGCAAAUAAAAGAUUACAAGAUAUGAAGAAAGUACAAGAAGAAAUGAAACAACAUGAAGCCGCACGAGAAGCAUGGAGACAAAAAGAAAUUGAACGAAUUAAAGCUGAAAAUGAUAGAAUUGAAAGAUAUUUAAACGAACAAAUGGAAUCCAAAAAGAAGAGUGACGAUGAAAAGAAGUUAAAGGAAGCAGCAAGAGAACGGUUAAUUCAAGAAAUUGGAAAGCAAAUUCAUUCGAGAGAUGAGGAACGCGAAGAAAGAAAUAUGUUAUUACUAGAAUUAAUGGAAGAAGAAGCUAAAGAAGCUGACAUAAAGCGUGCUCAGGCGGAAAUGGAGAAAAAAUAUCUAACUCGUCUACAACUAAGUUACGCAUUAGAUCUACAAAUAAAGGAAAAGGAAGAUAGACUUAAGCAAGAAUGUGAGAAUGAUUAUAAAUACAGGCAAGAAUUAAUGGAACGAUUAAUAGAAGAAGAGCGAAUCCAUCAAAUGACUGAACAAAAGCGUAGAAGAAAAAUGAUCGAAGUGCGUCAUACUGUGGAAAAAAUGAUGUUAGAAAGACAAGAGAAACGUGCUGCGGAAAUUCAACAAUUAUGGCGAUUAAAGGAACUUGAAAAAGAGAAUGAAAAUAAAAGGAAAGAGAAAAUCGAUUUUGAAAGAAUUCAAUUACUCAAAGAACAUGCAAAAAAUUUAGUUGGUUUUUUGCCAAGUGGAUUAUUGAAGGAAGAAGAUUUAAAAUAUUUAGAUGAAGAUGUUGCCAAACAACUCAAAGAAACACUGUCUUUAAAAGAGCCAUGCUAAAAUAAAAU